AGUGCUUUGGCCUGUUUAGAUGGUAAGUUGUUUGAAGAAGCUCCGUGCUUUCGCUGAAUUUUAAAUUCUAUACUCAUAUAACUUUUACCCUUUUUACAAUCUUAACUUCUUUCUGCAUCACUUCACUACUAACCAACCAAAAAAUUGCUCAGUUUCGAAAAGGAAGCACUUAACGGUAUUUAGUGGAUGUGGAUUGUUAUGUUUUCUUUUCAUCUAUCUUGCACACGAAGCAUAACAAUAUUACGUGUAUUUUACACACGACAUUAUUUGAAUAUCGGUGACACUCAACAAUAUUGAUACUCAAAACUCUUCUCGGAAACCUUAAAAAUUAAUUUGGGUAGCAGGCAUUUUCUCAGUAAGAAUGUUAAUAUUCCUAUUGAGACAUAUUCCUAACUUCUUUAACUUUUCUUAUUACAUCACAACGCGGCGGAGCAGAUGGCUCCAACCCUCACCAUUAGUUUAGAUCUUUUCAGAAUUUCACUCAGUUUUGUUCACUCCAUUUCUUUUUAACACUCAUCGCGGACGAUACGAUAGAUUCAAGCUAUAUAAAAUGAACUAAGUUGUGCAAAAAAACCCAAGGUUUCCGCGUUGAGAAUCGUUUCAUGAGUCAACAUCUAAGAAUUUCUCGUUUUUGUUUGUUUGUUUCGUUUCUUUUUAACACUCAUCGCGGUCGGUAGGGUAGUUUCCAGCCAUAUGAAACGAAUUAACUCAUAAGAAAAAAACCCAAGGUUGCUGCUUGGAGAAUCGUUACAUGACUCAACAUCUCAGGAUUUCUGGUUGUAUUUUGUUUGUUGUAUAUCCUUUUAACACUCAUCACGGCUGAUACGAUCGAUUCAAGCCAUAUCCGAGUAAGGCCUCUCAUCCUUCAUUAAUUAUUAACGUAACACGUUAAGUCUGAGUUUUGAAAUGCAUGGAUGUGUAUCAAGGCGAUGGCGUAGUAGUGACAUUGGUGACCUUGCUGUAUUUUAAUUAUUUCGUGUAUUGUCCUCCUAACAUUCGAAAUUAUUUCAGAUAACUGCCGUUUAUUAGCCUUUCCAUCCUCGUUAUUCUUCGAGGGGGAACGUCUUGUUAACCACACCAUAGCAACCAUCAGUGUGAUUGACAGGGACACGUGCGAGUUUCGUUGUUACCUGGAACACAGCUGUGUCAGUAUCAACUUUAAUGUUCAACCGAAAGAGCCUGAGACAGAAAACUGUGAACUGAACAACUCAACCAGUCAAGAACAUGAGAAGGACUUGAUCAAGGCAGCAAAUUAUGUUUACCAUGGAACGAAUGUAAGAAUA